CGCAACUACCGGAAACCCUUUUAGGCAGCACGUGUGUAGCUUUUUUUCCCUUGUAAAGCACGCUGCAAACAGCAAGCACACGUUUUGUUAAAUAUUAUUUGUUUAAUCAAAAACAUGACAAAGGUAAAGAAGGAAAAGGGCAUCAAGGAGGAGGCUGGAGCGACGGAGACCGGAGGGACGGAGACUGGAGUGACAGAGAAAUCGUAUCAAGAGUUGAUCGCAAACAUCAACCCAAUCGCGAAUCCACUGGCCACCAAGAAGCUAAGCAAGAAGCUUUACAAAUGUGUAAAAAAGGCAUCCAAGCUCAAACAAAUUCGCAGAGGAGUGAAAGAAGUCCAGAAGUUUAUCAACAAAGGAGAAACUGGCAUUGUGGUGUUGGCUGGGGAUACUCUUCCAAUCGAUGUUUACUGCCAUCUACCAGUCAUGUGUGAGGACAGGAGUUUGCCAUAUGCCUACAUUCCCUCAAAAGUGGACCUUGGUUCGUCUGCUGGCUCAAAGCGGCCCACCUGCGUCAUCAUGAUCAAAUCUCACGAGGACUAUAAGGAGGCMUAUGAUGAGUGUUUCGAUGAGGUUUCUUCCCUGCCUAAACCCCUCUGAUACAUGUCACUGGCUGGUGGACUCAGAUGGACAGGCAAACCCCUAUGGUAUCUGAGAAUGUCUGGCUGUAGGCAGAAUUAACGAGGGAGUGAAAUGGACUUUCACACUUGUGCCAAGCUACAGGGUGUUGUAGUAUAUCUCGCUGUGUACAUUGAACCGGGAAUAUCAUACACUAGCAGUGAUCCCCAUAAAAUGUCAACAAGGCAUAAGGUAGAUGACACCCCCAUAUUUGGGUGUUAAGUAUGUGCUGUCUUAACUGUAGCUGGACAUAACUGUAUUUUCCUCAUUCUGUGGGAUCCAUGCAUUGUCUACGGCCAAGGACAUUUUGAAUAUUCUAGUGUGUUACUGGUGUGUGAUUUAAAUGUCACCGCUACUAUGGCUUGCAUUGCUUUAAAACAUACAUUUGUCAUUUAAAUAUGAAAAGUCUGCACCGGCUUGAUUCUACAAUACUAUAUCGUGACCGGCCUCUUUGUAUUUGAAUGGUCAAGAUUAGGUUACAGAUAAUAUGCUGAGAUUAUCUUGUGUGUACUUUUUUGUUCGCUUGAACAGCCAGUUCUAAUUGAGUGGCCAUAUGGGACUACAGGAUGCCUGCUCAGUUAAACAUGAAAUCAUUUAUUGCGAUCCCGUUCUCAUUGCAGUUGUAAACUACUGUAUCAUAACUCCUAAUUUGGUAGGUAAAGUUUGAUUCAUUGUUUGUUUUAGAUGUGUUUUUUACAGGCAUAUGGACAUUUUCCUUUGCAUAAAGGUUAUUUUGAUUCUGUUUUGAGGAAGGUAAAUUGGUAUGUGAUGCAAUGCUGUAUUGAUGCAAUAAAUACUUGUUUCUUUUGUAAAUCUC